GUGUUUGCUCUUUCAGGGGUCAGUGACAUUUAGGGAUGUGGCUGUUGACUUCUCUCAGGAGGAGUGGGCCUGCCUGGAUGCUACUCAGAAGGUCUUNUACAGGGACAUAAUGUUGGAGACCUACAGCAACCUGGUCGCAGUGGUGGGACGUUACAUUUCCAAGCCAGCUCUGAUCGUCUUACUAGAGCAGGAGAAAGAACCCUGGAUGGCUGUGAAUGAAGAAACAGCCAGGCAGAGCCCAGGUUUGGAGACAUGUUUUGAAGCUGAAAAUAGAUCUCCAAAGAAUCAUGUUUAUAAUAAAAAGUUACCCAAACAAACCAUACAGCAAUUAAGUAAAACUUUGGACCUCCAGGGCGUCAGUGUUAGUAAUGGCCCCCGCUAUAGUGUAUUCAAGGAGCCACAGAAUUAUCAAGAAGGAGAUGCUGAUCGAAAUAUUGGUAACAAGAAAGAAAUGUCUACUUAUACUAGCAAGACUCUUGCUCACAAUAAAGAAAAACCGUAUAAAUGUAAAGACUGUGGGAAGUGCUUCGGUUGUAAGUCAAACCUUCAUCAACAUGAGAGUAUUCACACUGGAGAGAAGCCCUAUGAGUGUAAGGACUGUGGGAAGACCUUCAGACUCCCUCAAAUGCUUUCAAGACAUCAGAAGUCUCACAGUGAUGAGAGACCUUUUGAAUGUAAUAUAUGUGGAAAGUCUUUUCAUCUUCCUACCCUGCUUCAGUACCAUAAAAAUAUUCAUACAGGAUUAAAACCAUUUGAAUGUGAGGAAUGUGGGAAGUCCUUCAACCGCAUCUCUACCCUUUUUCAGCAUAGGACUAUUCAUGCUGGUAUGAAACCAUAUAAAUGUAAUGUGUGUGGGAAAGCCUUUAAUCGUCGCUCAAACCUCCUACAACAUCAGAAAAUUCAUUCUGAGGACAGACCUUUUCAUUGUAAGGUAUGUGGAAAGGCCUUCACUGUUCUGGCACAGCUUACUCGUCACGAGAACAUUCACACUGAAGACAAAUCAUUUGAAUGUAAGCAAUGUGGUAAGAUAUUUAGUAAUGGCUCUUACCUCUUACGACACUAUGAUACUCACACCAAUGAGAAACCUUUUGAGUGUAAUGUAUGUGGCAAGGCUUUUAGGCUUCAUCUAUACCUUUCUGAGCAUCAGAAAACUCACACUGAUGAGAAACCUUUCAAGUGUAAGCUCUGUGAGUCAGCCUUUAGACGUAAGUACCAGCUCAGUGAACACCAGAGAAUUCAUACUGAUGUGAAACCCUAUCAGUGCAAGGAUUGUGGGAAAUUCUUUCGUCGACGAUCAAAUUUUACUGAGCAUCAGAGUAUUCACACUGGAAAGAAACCCUUUGAGUGUAAGGACUGUGGGAAGGUCUUUAGACUAAAUAUACAUCUCAUUCGACAUCAGAGGUUUCACAGUGAUGAGAAACCUUUUGAAUGUAAAGAAUGUGGAAAGGCUUUUCAUUUUUCCAGCCAGCUUAAUAACCAUAAAACCAGUCAUACAGGUCAGACACCUUUUGAAUGUAAAGAAUGUGGGAAGUCGUUCAAGCGUGUCUCCAGCCUUGUGGAACAUAGGAUUAUUCACAGUGGUGUGAAACCAUAUAAAUGUAAUGCGUGUGGAAGAGCCUUCAAUCGUCGCUCAAACCUCAUGCAGCAUGAGAAAAUUCAUUCUGAUGAGAGACCCUUUGAGUGUAAGGAUUGUGGAAAGGCCUUCACUGUUCUGGCUCAGCUCACACGACACCAGACUAUUCAUAAUGGAAAGAAAUCAUAUGAAUGUGAGCAGUGUGGGUCAGCCUUCAGACUCCCAUACCAACUUACUCAACAUCAGAGAAUUCAUUAUGAUGUGAAGCCAUUUCAGUGCAAGGAAUGUGGAAAGGGCUUUGUUCGUAGUACAGGCCUUAGAAUUCAUGAAAGAAUCCAUACUGGUGAGAAACCCUUUCAGUGUAAGGAAUGUGGAGAAGCCUUUCAAUAUCAUUACCAAUUUCUUGGACACUUUAGAAUUCAUACUGGCAAGAACCCUUAUGAAUGUAGUGAAUGUGGGAAGUACUUCACUUAUGGUAGAGACCUUAAAGUACAUCAAAGUAUUCACAAUCUUGAGAAACCUUAAGAAUGUGGGAAGGCCUUCAGUUGAAAAUCAAAGGUGGUUUGACAUGCUAAACUUAAUAUUAUGAAGAAGCCUUACAAUGCUUAUAAGGAAUGUGGAAAGCCUUCAGUAAUUCUCAGCUAGUUGUAUAUUGGAGAAUUCAUAAUGGUCUGAAGCCCUGUUAAUAUAAGAAUUGUGAGAAAGUUUAGAUUAAGUUCAGCCUUCAGUGCACAUCAGAGAAUUCAUAUUGGUAUGAAACCCUAUCACUGUAAAGAAUGUGGAAAGACCCACAACUGGAGCUCAGGCCUUCAACAUAAAAGUAUCCAUGAUGUUGUGAAAUACUAUGCAAGGAAUGUGUAAACAUUUAUAGAAUUCAUUCUGAAAGCUCAUGAAGGAGUCCAUAUAGGUCUGAAACCAUAAGGAUGAAAAAAAAUCUUUUAUUAUUAAAUGGUGAGCUUAUACAACAUGAGAAAAGGAAGACUGGACAAGACUUUAUGGAAAUUUUACUGAACAUCAAAGAAGUCAUUGACAAACAGACUGAAAGGAGUCUGGGAAGAACUUUAACCUAUUAUAGGAUUUAACCAACAUCUGAGUAUUCAUACAAUCGUGAACCAAGAAACCCUUAGAGAAUGAGAGUGGGAAUUCUGUUCACAGAAAAUACUGUUGAGAAUGACAGAAAGAUAUAUUGUAGCCUUCAUGCUCCUAAGUUAUCUCAUCUUUAAUACUACUAAUUGCAUAAGCUUAAUUCACCAAACACAAUUCAGCUAACUUAGGAAGAACAGUAAUUGAGACUAUUAUUAUUCGAGACACCUUGCCACCAAUUACAUCCCAUGGCUCCUGUGCUAUUACACUGGAUAUUUGCUUUCUUUCUGCAUAGUUCGUGGUGAGCAUAGUACCAACCAAAUGUGUGGAAACAGGGUUAUAAUAGGUAUACAAUUUUUGAGAGUAUUUGGUUUCUGUUCUGUAAAGUAGCUUCUACAGUGUUCUUGCUUUCAUUGCCAUUACUGUAACGGAUAUGAAAGGCAAGUUGUGUUGUAGAUAGUUUAGAAAAGCCUCAUGCAAUCCUCCAGUGUUAAGUUCUAAAUACUUCCUUCUGGAUAAAAUCUGAUGGAUGAGAAUGUACAUGAAUAUAUUUUUAUUUGCAAUCCAUUUCUUUAGCUUUUGUGCAGAGAUGUCUAAAAACUAGCUGAAUAAAUACUUUUAAAAGAGGAUAAACACAUAUAACUUUCAAAAGAUAAAAGCCUGUAAUUUAUGUUCUCUGCCCAGAUAUUAAGAUAAAAUACGUUUGUGACUGGGCAAGACAGUGCAGUUCCCUCCAUCUCAUGCUGCUGAGGCCAUUUUAGGUUUGAGUAGAAUUUGACUUUAGAUGGAGGAGAUUCUUGGAAAUUUACCCAACUUCAGUCUAUGAGCCAGAGGUCGAGAUGCUCCUGCUAAUUUACUUUGGCUUCUCUUAAACUGCCUGCAUGUGCAAACUUCCCCCUUCAACUAACUGCUUACCUGGCUUCUGUUAAACUGUCUGCUUGGGCAAAUGCUCCCUCUGUAGCUGCUGAGCAAGACAGCAGAAUGUGGUUCUUGUUUUUAAUAGCCCCUUGCUCUAAAUGCUUGUGAGUGUACGUGGAUCCCAAAUACAGGAGUGUAGUCCCAGCCAACUGGAAUAAAAACUUUCAGUUGGCUAUAAUUGUGUCUGACUCCAUUUUCUCUGGUGGGCUCUCCAUAAAACAUGAACAAAAAUAGCCCAAUUUGAAGCCAGGUGUAAAAAGACAUGUGAGAAAAUUUUCAUACAUAUGUAAAAGUUGGAAGAAUCAAGAACACACUUGUGUUUCGUCACCUGGAUUAAAAACUCUUCAUUUGGUGGGCAGUGUGGCGCACACCUUUUAUCCCAGCACUUGGGAGGCAGAGGCAGGUGGAUUUCUGAG